CUUAAUAAUUGAAUAUAUAGCACAACCCUUUAAUCAAGAUAAGUUAUUGAAGAGCUUGUAGUAAACCAGAUUUGACAGGCAUGUCGGGAAGACUAGAAGGAAAAGUGGCCGUGAUCACCGGAGUUGGCGGUGGGAUUGGCUACCAAGCAGCCAGUCUGUUUGCACAAGAAGGGGCUAAGCUCGUUUGUGCGGACGUCAAUGAUCAGGCGGGCAAGGCAGCUGUGGCCAAAGUGGUAGCGGCAGGCGGAGAAGCGGUCUACGUGCACUGUGAUGUUUCCAAAGAAUUUGAUGUCAAAGCUAUGGUGGCCACGGCCGAAGAGAAGUUCGGCAAGUUGAAUAUUAUGUUCAACAAUGCAGGAAUCAUGCACCCCAAGGAUGAUAACGCCGAGACUACUGAGGAGAGCGUAUGGGAUAUGACCAUGAACAUCAAUUUGAAAGGUGUUUGGUUUGGUUGCAAGCACGCCAUCCCUGCCAUGCGUCGAGCCGGCGGGGGUUCUAUCAUUAACACUGCGUCAUUUGUUGCCGUCAUGGGUGCGGCAACUCCCCAGCUCGCUUAUACGGCGUCAAAGGGCGGGGUGCUGGCCAUGAGUCGAGAGCUGGCCAUAGUGCAUGCCAGGGAGAACAUCAGAGUCAAUGCUAUAUGUCCCGGCCCUCUACACACACCACUGCUUAUGGACUUUUUGAACACUGAGGAGAAAAAGGAGAGACGCUUGGUUCACCUACCUAUGGGGCGAUUUGGCGAAGCAAUUGAGAUUGCGCAAGGUGCACUCUUCCUGGCGUCUGACGAUGCAUCGUAUGUCACGGGUACAGACUUCAUGGUGGAUGGGGGUUUGCGAGCUGCAUAUGUCACUCCGGUAGGAGAGACCAAAUCCAUUCCACCCAACUCGAACAGAGAGUGAUACGUUGAAAACAUACCCAGCACCUUGUAAUAUGAACGAGUCAAACUGAUGAUAUACCAUCGUUCAGUAGCAUUGACCAGAUUAAUUUCGCCGAACUCGGUACUGGGAGCGGUACUCUGAAUAUAUAUUUCGACAUAACACGUCAAAAAAUGUCAAUAUAAACUUGUACAUACCAUUAUUUAAAAUUGCGAUACCUAUGCAUAUACGCUGCAUGCAGAAUCCAAUACAUAGUGUAUGCAAUGUUUGCAUAAAUGAUAUGCCGUCUUCAUUUAGUACUCGUGAGGUAAAAUACAAUUCGUUGGAUUGAUCCAGUUAGUGCAUAAACGACCAAAUUGUACCGAU